AUGGGAGAUUUGGUUCAGAAAGAAAGAAGAAAUAGCGUGUCAUUUGCGACGAACAAGCCUGUCGACGCGCAUUUGGUGGUGCACUACGUUGCACAAGAUCACAGUCAUAACCUGUGUGUGACGAGAACGUCCAUUUGCAUUGAGAGAACCGAAUCGCUGGCGCCGAGUGGGUUUCCUUCGCCAAGAGCCGCGCCGCAGGCCGCUGCGCGGCCUGCGUCGUCCUGCCUGGACAGUAAAGAGAGAGCUGCCGGUGCAGAGGACGGCACUUUGUACGGAAGACGUCUUUCUGCCUCAAUGCGUGUGUGCGAUCUUUACCAGUGCGUUCAUGCGCACGGUGCGAACCGCAGGCCCAGUGAGAUUAUGGAGACGAGUCAGAGGAGCAAGAAAUCGUCGAUUGUGCGCGCAGCGUCGUACGCGGCCGACAACACGCAGAAAGUGCGGUAUUUGCCGCGACUGUUGGAACCACAGGCGCGUUCGCAACCAUUGCAACAGCGCGAUGACUGUUCAGGCUCGCAGACUAGCUCUGGUGGGCCAGAGGACUCUGUUAGCUCGGCAAGCGAAGAUAGCGAAUGCUCUGCACCAGAUCAUUCGUGCAGCGUGACUAGACACCAUCGAGACUCCUGGGUAGAUCUCUCUACGCCGUGCGACAGACACCACCACAGGCGGAACUCGAUUGCCAUUAAGUUUCGCAAGGCGCAGUACCAGGACUCCUGA